CGCCAACUUCUGCCCGGGAGCUCCACUUCGCCCCUUCUUUUGGCCCAGGGAGACCUCGGCAGCCCUGACAGCGCAGACCCUCUGGAGUGCCCAGAAAGACCCCCGCGGCGGCCUGGCGCCCCCGGCUCUCCCCGGAUGGAGGCGCCUCCGGAAGGGGCCGGCUGCACGCGCUGGCCUUCACCUUGCAGCUUCUGCUGACCACACCUCCCUUAGCGCAGAGGCUGCCCGGGAGCAGGAAAUGCCCUGCCAGUUGGCUCCCUGGGAUCUGGGUCUGACCGCCAGGAUGGAGCUGGGGCCGGCGACCGAGACCUUUGUGCUGGAGCUGCGAUGUCUUGAGGAUGGGGGCCCUGGACCUGACACCCUCUCAGGUGGCAGCGGUGGGAGCGAGAGUCAAGAGGAAGAAGAGGCCCAGGAGCGGAGCAGCAGCCCACAACGGCCUGCGAUCUCAGCCCCAAUCGGGGCUAGUGAGGUCACCGAGAAAGCCCACCCAGGACAACAGGAGUUGCAACUGCAGCAGUUAAAACAGCAGCCAGAGCUGCAGCAACAACCGCAGCAUGAGCAGCUGCAAGAGCAGCAACCGCAAAACCAACGAUUAGGGCAUCAGCCAGAACUGCAACCGCAGCGGCCAGAGGGACAACAGCAGCCAUCUCAACGACAGCAGGAACUACAGGAAAAAGGUCAAUCCACGCAGCACCAGGAACUGAAACCAGAACUGCAGUUAGCACAGCAGCAGCAACAGUUACAGGAGCCACAAAUUCAAGCGCAACAGCGAUUGCAGCAACAGCAGGAUCAGCUACAGCAGCAGCAAGUGCAAGAGCAACAGCAGGGACAGCUGCAGCAGCAAGUUCAAGUGCAGCCACUGUUGCAGCCACAGGAGGGACAGCUACAGCAGCAAGUGCAAGUGCAGCCACUGUUGCAGCCACAGCAGGGACAGCUACAGCAGCAAGUGCAAGUGCAGCCACUGUUGCAACCACAGCAGGGACAGCUACAGCAGCAGCAGUUCCAACAGCAGCAGGAGCAGCUGCAGCAGCAGCAACAGCUACUGUUGCUGCAGCAGCAGGCACAGUUACAGCAGCAGUUGCUGCAGCAGCAGCAGGCACAGUUGCAGCAGCAGCUAUUGCUGCAGCAGCAGGAACAGAUGCAGCCGCCGCCGCCGCAGCCUCCUGCUCUGGAGCCAGACGAGGAGGAGGAAGAGGUGGAGCUGGAGCUCAUGCCAGUGGACCUGGGGUCAGAGCAGGAGCUGGAGCAGCAGCGGCGGGAGCUGGAGCGGCAGCAGGAGCUGGAGCGGCAGCAGGAGCAGCGGCAGCUGCAGCUCAAGCUGCAGGAGCAGCUGCAGCAGCUGGAGCAGCCUAGGCAGGCCUUGCCCCUAGGGCAGGCUGCCAAUUACCUCUUCCCCUUCUCCUUCUGCCGAGGAAGCAGCUGGGUGGCAGCCUACCAGGUGCCCCGUAAAGGGGGCAGGCGAUUGGCAGGACUUGGCAUGUCUAGAACCCUGCCCAUCGUGUCAAGGAGGGGCAUGUUGUUGGCUCUGGAUGGCAUCUCAUGGUCUGUGCACCUGAAGCAGCCAGCCCUGACGCUGACAGCUCUGGACUUAGAUGGCUGA